UAGUGUGUGUCCAAGAUAGCAGUCGCUCACUUGAAUCGCAUCCGGGGCCGCAGUGUGCAAGCGUCAUGGGUCCACCGAGUGAGGAGGAGGUUAAAAGCGCUCUGAUAGGCCUGCUUAAGAUCGCCUCCGUGUGUAGUAUUUCCGUGGGCGUUGUGGUCGCUGUAUGUGGUGUGCUCGCCGUCAGCGUCGUGGGCGGCUUGACCACGCCCAUUAUCAUCGGCUCUGUCCAAACAGCUGUUGGAGUGUUGUUCGUGGCAGCGGGGGGCUUCGGUUACAACAGGUACAGGAACUAUCGUCGUGCGCAGAAGGUGGCGAUGGCAACGAGGGCCCAGGAACUCGCCUUGGGGUAUGGGUCCCAGACAGCCAUCAUCGAUAUGCUCGGUUUCGGCCCCCCCGUGUUGGCUCUGGUCCCAACCGAUGGCAGUGUGUUGGAAGCGGCUGUUGGAAGUAAUUCUGGGGACGAGGAAGAGUUGAAGGACCUUGUUGUCAAGUUAAGGCCAGGUCUGAUGCUGAUCCAAGGUCUGAGGGGCAGGGACGGCAGACCGGUGGCUGUGUGCAUGCAAAACCUGUACGACGGCCCAGUCAGGUUCUACCCAGGGAUGUCACCUUACCAUCUCUUUACCAUAAUCCUAGUGACCCUCGGGAUGACCUUCGUCAGUUCGGUCGUCCUCGCCCUGGCCGUGAGCUUCCCUUUCGAUGCAAGCGUCGCCACCAACUGCGGGGCGCUGGGGGGGUUCGGCGGCGCACUACUCCUCCUCGCCGCUUGCUCUGGGUUCCAGGUCCACGGCGCCUACGCGAAGGGGCGCCGCCAGCAGGACAGCGGCUGAUGGCAUGGAGUCGACAGGAAGAACUUGAGAUGAUUGUCACCAUCCGCCACGCCUUCAGAGAAUCGUCUUUUGCUCCAAACAUAUCUUUGUGAUAGCAGAUGUGUAGAUAUUUUAAUCUAAAUCUAAAUAUUAUGUAUGCAUAUAUAUAUAUAUAUGUAUAUAUAUAUAGAUAGAUAGAUAGAUAGAUAGAUAGAUAGAUAUAUAGAUAUAGAUAGAUAGAUAUAUGAGGUGUGUCAGAAAAGUUACAGGACUGAUAUCACAAAAGAUUUAAGAAAGAUCUUCUGGCCACAGGGCCAGAAGAUCAACCAACAUAUCCACAGAAAGAGACUUCAGCGUUUGCAUCGUUCAGUGCGUGAGAAAAGUUAUGGCAGGACAACUCAUGGAUGCUUCACCAUGAUAACACACCUGCUCACAAUGCUCUGAGCACCUGACAAUUUCUGGCUGAAAAAAGCAUUGCCAUGCUGGAGCAACCUCUCAACUCCCCGACCUGGCUCUGUGUGAUUUUUUCCUCUUCACUAAGGUCAAGGGGGUCAGAAAAGGGACCCGUUUUGAGGACGGGGACGACAUCAAAAAGGACGUAACGACGGGACUGCAUAGGAUCCCGGAAGAAUUCUUCCAGCAGUGCAUGCAAGCAUGCAUUAGACUCCAGGGGGAUUAGUUUGAAGAGGAAAACUCAUAGUGACAUCAGGCCUGGAACUUUUCUGCCAUUCC